CGAAUUCUCUCUUCCAUCAAUAAUUUGACUAUCACUUUCUUUGUCCAAAUCUGCAGUGGUCCAAUGUGAAUACAGAAUCCAACGGCUCCGGUACGAGGAUACUAUAAUGAAGAACAUUAGGAAUCGGGGAAAAGCCCAAGAUCGUUGGGAAAAGUUGAGGAAAUAUGUUAGAUACACUUGGGGAGCUUGCUCACUGGAUGACAGAAAAAGUGAGCUAAACCAAACAAGUUGCACUGGCAUUAUGAUGAAAUCAUUACAUCACCGUGAAUUGUCACACAAGCAGAGAGUGCAGGAUAGAUCUAAUGCAGCCAGUCUUAGCAAUAAGGUAACCUUCCUGAAUGAGAAGAAAGUGGAGGCACAUAAUACUCAAGCGGUCGGUUCAUGCUCAACUGUAGCUCCAAAAAACCUGGUUGGGCGAUCGUCUUUCUCAAUAUGCAAACCAGAAGAGCCGCCCAAUGGAAGCUUAGACUGUAAGAGCUAUGAAGGUUCAAGUGAAGGCAGGAAGUGGAAGAAAGAAAAUGCAGCAAUGGUGAGGGAUAAGUUAAAAGCUGCCUUGGCCAAAAUGGAGUCGUCCUCUACAUUAGACAAUGAGGCAGAGUGUUUCUGA